GGGAGCUGAGCGGGAGCAGCUGGAGUGAUCCUAUGAAUUCCAAAAUGAAACAGAAAUUGAAUGCAGAAAAAUCAUCAGGAUCUUUGCAGAAGUAUCUCACAGACAGCACAUGCAGUGCUCCCCCAAGACGGACUCUUAAAAUGAUUCAGCCUUCAGCAACAGGUUGCCUGGUUGGCAGACGUAAUGAGAAGAAAUCUUCAGUCAAAAGGAAACUCUGGAAUAACAAGUUCACCUCAAAGGCUUGUGAAGCUGAGGUGUCUGUGGACAAGGAGCAAGAAAAUGAGAAUAUGAAUGUCAUUCAAGAUGUAGAUCUCAUGAUAAAAGGAAGUCCUUCAUCUCAAUAUUGGAAAGAACUGGCUGAAGAAAGGAGGAAGGCUCUGUAUGAAGUGCUUCAAGAAAAUGAAAAGUUGCACAAAGAAAUUGAACAGAAAGAUGGUGAAAUUGCCUGCCUAAAAGAAGAAAAUGAAGAACUAAUGUCCCUCGCUGAACAUGUGCAUUAUAUGACCAGCAUGAUUGAGAGGCUAACUGGGCAAGCACCUGACAAUCUUGAGACACUGAAGAGUCUGGCUCUAGAGAAAUCCAAACAAGAGAAUGAAGAGCUUAACUGUGGAGAUGAUGCAGACAGCACAUCUUCGGAAGGGCCAUCACAAGUAUCAUGUGGCUUAAGGGGGACUAUAUCAGAUCUUGCUUCAAAGGAAGCAAAUAAUUUGCAACUGGAAUGACAACCUUUAAAUAAGCUUAUGUAUGUGGCUUUUAAUUGCAGACUUCCUCUUGAAAGGAUAUACUAAAACUUCUCAGGUAUAAAAACUCUUGUGGAAGCAUUACAGAUGUUGUUUUUAACUGGAAUUAUGUAGCAGUGGGACUAUCUGGAUACUGCGUAGAAAACUUACUACAGGCUGCACUUAAUUGCUUGUAUAAAAUGCAAAUACUGUGUAUUUCAAACUGUUCUGUAAAUAUCUUGUCAGUUGGUCUGACAUGAUACAUGAAAAUUGAUAAAUAAAUCUUUGCCUUACCAGAA